UCAACCAAAAAAGUUGUCGUUCGUAGAGUAUGUACGCGCCUGCACGGUCGUCGUCGUUUUUAUCUUUGUUUUUUUCUUCUUCCACCGUCGUUGUCGUCUUUGUCGAUAUAUAAAAAUGCAUAACGAAAAAUUAUCAUAAAUUAAAUUCUCAAUUGAAACAAUAAAAAAUACAUUCACAAAUCGUGCAUUAUCAAACAAAGAAGAAAAACAAACUCGGAUAAAUAGUGUCUCUAAAAAUGAAUUCCAAUCUCUGAAAAACACAGAAGAAAACAAAUUUUUUCUGUCCAAUUCGAUAGAAAAAAUCAAGUGUAAACCCCGCGCCCGCGCUCGAGCCAUCCCUCUUGUCCUGAUAUUUCUCAAAAUUCUCAACUCAACGCUAUGCCGAAAAUACUCUAUCGUCCUUUGGGCAACCAAUCGUCGCGCCAAUCCGCAACAGCCUCUGCCUGGGCCACAGCCACAACAUCAAGGAACUCACUGGCAUUUGCCAUUGUCGUCUGCUUGGUCAUUGUCUAUGUUAUUUGGAUAUCGUCGAGCAAUUCGGCGCAAUCAGGUAAUCUAGCGGCGACGAGCUUGCAUCAUCACAGCAGCAUGCAUUUAAUGCGUUACAGCAGAGAUGAGAAUAAUGAAUUUAUGUCGGCUGUUUCAAGAAUCUCUGCUGCAGCUGGAGGUUCUUCUGUCGCCGGGCAUCACAGCAAAUCAAAAGAUACAUCAAAUUAUAUUGUAAACGAUACAUCAGUUGUGUGUAGUGAGAAUUUUUCUGACACACGACAAUAUGUACAAAACCGUCCGAUAAAUGAAUUUGAUGACCUGCCAACAAUCUACUUCAUUACGCCAACUUAUCCGCGGCGUGAACAAAUUCCUGAACUAACACGCUUGGCACACACUCUGAUGCAUGUUCCGAAAAUCCAUUGGAUAGUUGCUGAUGAUUUUGCUGAAUGUAAUAUAUUUUUGGGAUAUUUAUUUAAUAAAUUUGGAAUCCCAUUUACUCAUAUUUCUAGUCCUAUGCCUGAUAUUUAUCGAAGUCAAACACCAAAUCCCAGAGGAGUGGCAAAUCGUCGAGCCGCACUCAAUUGGUUGCGUCAGCAAAAACAAACAUCGGGAGUCCUAUAUUUUGGUGAUGAUGAUAAUACAUUUGAUUUGAAAUUAUUCUCGGAAAUCCGUGAUACAAAAAAAGUUUCAAUGUUUCCUGUGGGAUUGAUUGGAAUGUUUUCAGUUAGUACACCUGUCGUACAAAAGGGAAAAGUUAUAGGCUUUUUCGACUCAUGGCCUGGUAAUCGUAGAUGGCCAGUUGAUAUGGCUGGAUUUGCUGUUAAUCUCGAACAUUUUGCCAAUCAUCCAAAUGCAACAAUGCCUUAUAAAGCUGGCUAUGAAGAAGACUCAUUCCUUAGAAGCAUAUCAUUAUCACUUAAAGACAUCGAACCUAAAGCUAACAAUUGUACAGAAAUUCUUGUAUGGCAUACACAAACACAAAAAACAAAAGCUCCAACUAUUCGAAUUAAUUCACAAUAUUUAGAUGAUAAGUCAAGUUUGGGAGCAUUGUUUAAAGAAUUGGAGAUUAUGGGUGUUAGUCAUGCAUCAGAUUAUGAUGGUGUUAAAGCAACAAUAACUAAAAAUGGCAAAACUAAACCAGUAUCAUAUUACCUUCGGUGAGAUUCGGUUAUAAUCAAAUUUUGGAAUUGGUUGUUUCCCAGUUAUGGCUGAUGAUAAUGAUGUGUGUUGAUAGAAUUAAUCAAACUCUUUCUAACACUAGCUAGCGCUGCCGCCGUCCAAUUUAUUGAACAAAAAAAAAUUAAGAAAAAAAAUUGUUGAAAAAGCGGCCUUGCUCUAUUUGGUAUCGAAUUUUGUGAAUCUUAGUAUUGUAAGGAAAGAACAAAAAAAGAAAAAUGAAAAAAAUUACUCAAAAACGGUUUUAAAAAAGACAACAACAAACUAACAUACAAAUUUAGAAAAUAAUUUUUGUUUUCAAUUUUACGUAUAGUUUUGUAUAUUUAUUUUCUACACAACAACUAGAAAUUACAUGAGAUGUACCUUUGUUAAAUAAAAUAAUAAACAAAAAAUAAUAAAUUAAUAUCGAUAUAGACAAAAUACCUCUUGGAUUUGUAAAAACAAAAAAAAACAGAAAUAGAAACAAAAGAAGAAAUUAAUAGAUUUUUUAGAUUAGGUUUUAAAUACAAUGUAAUAUGUAAAAGAUUUAUUUAUUUAAUAUCAUAAUAAUGUUAUAUCUAUAAGAAUUAUAAUUAAUAUUAAAAAACUUUUAAAAAUGGCAUGGCUGUGCCAGCUGCCGAUUGGUACUGAUUAUAAUAAUAAUAAUAAAUUAAAAAUUAAAUACAAAAAUUGUAUAAAAAUUGAAUAUUUAUUUGGUUUAUCGUUUUAAUGAUUCAUCUAUUUACUGUUUGUAUAAAUAACUUCUUGGUCUACAGGGGAAGAGUAUUAGUUUCUUGUCAAAAAAAUUGAACGAAUAAUUUUUAUGCAAUUUGGAAUGUUUUUUUUUUUUUUAAUUAUUGUUUAAUAUUUUCUCUAAAAUAGAUUCUACAAAUACAUAAUACAUAAAUGAAACUACAUUUAUGGCGUUGUCGUGUUCUAAAAAAGUGAUAUAUUUAUUGAAUGUUUAUUCAGUUACUUCUUAUUAAGAGAUUUACCCAUUUAAUUUUAAUUUUAAAGGAUGCUGUAGAUUCAAAUUCUCAAAAAAGUUUCUGAAAAUAAAAUAAAAUCAAUCAAAAGCUUAAAUUUUCAAUCUUAAGUUGAUUUAAAUGAUGUACUUUCAACGACAAGACCGAAUUUGUGAAUUUCAUUUUCAAUCAACAUCCUCGGGAUUUUGGAAAAUGUUGUUAACAUCUAUUUUAGCAUAUAAAAAAUAGUAAAGAGUGACGUAUAACAAAACCUUGCUGGAGAAUAGAUGUUUCAUGUUAAACGAUAAUCCAAAUAAUGAACUAUAACUAACAAAAAGUAGAGUUAAUUUAAGUAAAUUAUUUCUCUUCCAUUUGAUAUUUGCACCUUUUUGACUUUCUCCGAUAAUUUUUGAUAAGAUUUUCUAGGGCUAGAUGCUUAUGAGAUGACGUUUCUGCGGUCUAUAGAAUCGUGUUUUAUUUUCUUUCAUACAACUUACUUAUUACGUUUUUGCUUUCUGUUGUGGUAUAUCAAAAAUACAAAAAAUAAUCAGGUCUUCCCGAAUGCAGUGUAGAGUAGUUAAGAUGAAGAAAUUUAAGAUUAGGUAAAAUCAAUUAUAUAAUAAAAAUUAAUCUAUCUCGAAAGUUACUAACUAUACUUGUGGUCUACACUUGUUUAAUGUUCAAUUUUUAACAAUAUCUGUAGAGUUUUUUCACUCUUCACUGAUGUCGUCCGAAAGCAUCUGUCAUUGAAUGUGGACGUGUUUUAUUGUUAAAAUUACUUCCCGAUCCGUGUUGCGUUGACUGGAGAACAUUUCGUUGUCCCACAUUCUCCUCACGAUAAAAUAUACUGAAAAUAGGUUAACACGAAUUGCUCUCAACUAUUUAAAAUACAUAGAUGAAUUAGUAAUACAGAAUGAUGAAAUGCAUACCAUGGUUCUGAACCUAUUACGUUUUGCCAAAAUAAGUUUUCAUAAAUUUAUAAAUCAAACUGUCAAUGAAUUCAAGAUAUCUAAAUUAACCAAACUCCAAUCCUUCUUAAUCGGUUCGAAGAGAUUAUUAAGAAAUGGGUACGAUGGGUCUGCAAUAAAACUCUAUCCGAACAGACCUCGCGAGGUGUGUUGCGUGUACCUUCAAGGGCCCUCUCGAAUCAAUAACAAUUCUAUUUCGUGAUAAAUGAUAUGAGUAAUGAUAUUAUUUAUACAUUUGCCAUGAACUAAAAACCAUCUUUUUCCAAAAUCGAUGACGUUCCAGCUCAAAUCCAAACUUCAAUAAAUCUAUUUUAAC